CUCGAGGGCGGGGCCAGGGCGGAGCCCGGAGUCCUGCCUGCAGGUGCAGGGGGCGUUGCUCGGCCCUGCCCACGGGGACAGUUCUUGGAGGCCAGGGGCGGGUCAGAGAAGCGGCCGGUGCAGGCUACGCCUUGGAACUCGCGGACGGCGACUGCAGCCACAGGUGCCGCGCAGGGCAGUGUGGCCCAGCUCUGGGCAUCAAAACUCCAGCGCUGGGAGCUAAGGCUUCCGAGCUGCUCCCAACCCUGGACACCGAGGCCCCCGGGCCGGAGAGCGGAGCCCUGGGGUCGUCCGAAGCUCGGGGCCCUGAGCCCCCCGGGUUAGACAGAGAAAUUCCCGGGCCUGCUGCAGAGCAGGAUACCGAGGUCCCCAGGCCAGGCGGCGAGGUCCCCGUGCCCUCCCCAGACCAGGGCACGCAGACCCCCGAGCAAGAGAGAGAAGUCCUCGGGCCAUCAGCGGGGCAGGAGGCAGAGCGCCCUGGACCGACCGCAGCUGAGAGCUUUGAGAGUCCUGGGCGAGGCAGCGACGACGCUGAACCGUGUGAAGCGCGAGGCGCGGGGCUCUUGGAGCAGUGUGCCUCUCAAGGUCCGGAAACUUCCUCUGAGUCAAACUCGGAAUCCCCCCAGCUGCGUUUUCUACUGCGCUCCGAGACCCCACAACAGCCCCCAGAGGAGCCGCUCAUGGAGACGCCCAUCGAGCGCGAAAUCCGCCGCAGCUGCGAACGCGAGGAGAGCCUGCGCCGGAGCCGGGGCCUGAGCCCAGGUCGCGCGGGCCGCGAACUCGUCGAACUGCGUGUGCGGCCGGUGCUCACCCUGCCGGGCCCCGGCUCCGCGCUCCCGCGCGCCUUGGAGCGCGCUCGGGCGGGCGCGCAGAUGCAGCGAGACAUCGAGCGGGAGGCCCAUCGGCAGGCGGCGCUAGCGCGCCCCGAGGUCCCAAAGCAGCGCGCCCGGCAGCCGCCUCAGCCGCUGGGCGAGCUCAAGCGCUUCUUCGAGGCUGCUGGCGGGUGCGGCUCCUCGCCGGCGGCGGAGGGCAGCGCGGACCCGCAGCGGCUGCCUGAGCCCGGAGGCCGGCCACGUUCAGUCGUGCAGGGCCGGUGCCCGGUGCUGGCCCGCGCCCCGCCGCCCAUCGCACCAUCGCUGCUGGAGCAGGAGGUGCGCGAGGUGAAUGAGCGCGAGCGGGAACUGCAGCGCCAGCGCCUCAGCGUCUACGGCACCGCCGAGUUCAAGGAGCCCGCGCCCAGCCUAACUGCGAGCAGGGGCGACGGAAAGCUGGCGGUGAUCUGGCCUCCCCGCAGAAAGGCUUCGGAGAACGGUCUGGAGCAGGAGGAGCGGAAGCCUUGAGGUUCGAGCCGGCUGGGGUCCCCGGACGAAGGUAACAUGCCCGUCAGAGGACCCAGGCAGGGGCGCCCAGGAGUGCCCUCCGGAUCGGCGGAAGGCCUGGAGAGGGGCUACAGGUCUGAGCCAGGAAAGACGCAAUCGAUCAGCCCCUCCUCGAACCUGACUUUGUGAAAUUGACCAGAAUCUUCUAUAAAACUGUUAGUCCCAACUGGGAAACACCACCAUCAACAGCCCCGCCAGUAAAACUGCCCCGCUCUUCUCCACCUAACUGCAAACGGAACUAUCCUCUCCUUCCGGCCUUGACUGUUAGAUAGGGGUCACCUCCUCGGCUGUCCCCACUCCCCAAUAAAGCCCCUUCUUUCUGGGCA